AUGUCUACCUGGUCGUGGUCAUCUACGGGUAAUGAAGUCGUGCACGAAUUUGCAGAGAGGAUCGAAGGACGGACAUUUCUAAUCACCGGCCCAAGUAACGGAGGAAUUGGUGCAGAAACUGCCCUCUGUCUAGCAUCCAGAUCUCCAUCAGCUAUCAUUCUUGCAGGUCGGGAUCGUACCAAAAUUCAACCAGUCAUCGAAAGGAUCACCGAGAUCAACCCAAACAUCACAGUAACUUUCGUCUCCUUGGAUCUAAGUAAUCGAAACUCAAUAAGGGAAGCCGCUGCAGAAAUAAACGGUCAAUUCGAUCGCAUUGAUGUUCUCAUCAAUAAUGCCGCCAUCAUGGCUUGUCCGUAUAACACCACCAAAGACGGAUUUGAGGUACAAUUUGGAACAAAUUUCCUCGGUCCCUUCCUCUUUACUGGGCUGCUUCUCCCUAAGCUCCGCGCUGCGGGACCAGGCGCACGUAUUGUCAACGUGAGCAGCUCCGCACAUCGGUUUGAGGGUAUUCGAUUCGAAGAUCUAAAUUUUGAGGGUGGUACUGCCUAUGAUACAUGGAAAGCAUAUGGCCAGUCAAAAACAGCAUUAAUCCUGAUGGCCGUCCACCUCGCAAGAAGUAUCCCAAGUAGUGAAGUCGCUUCUUUUGCGAUUCAUCCCGGAAGUAUUGCAUCAGGUCUACAGCGUCAUGUCGAUUCCGAGUCAAUGUCAGAUGCUAGAGCAAAGUCACAAUCAAUUCCGGAUUUUGAAGUCGCAGAGAGGAAGACGCUUCAACAAGGAUGCGCCACUACUUUGGUCGCUGCUCUGGAUCCAGCCCUUGAAGAACUGUCGGGCUCAUAUCUCAGUGAUUGUCAACUGAAGAAUCCAGCGAAUCAUGCUUGCGGAGCAGAGACUGCCGAUAGGCUGUGGCAUCUAGGCGAACGUCUCCUUGGGGAAGAAUUCAAUUUGUAAAGCCGGAUGACAUUGC